AUGGACAGUGUAACUAUUGCCAAUGAGACAAUUCUAUAUAAACACUAUCCUAGUGACAAUUCUAAGAUUGCAAUAUUAGCACAUCCAUAUGCUUAUUUAGGAGGAUCUGUUGAUGAUCCAUGCAUCGUUAUUAUGGCCGAAAAGCUGCAAGAAAAGGGUUACAGUGUUUUCAUUUUAGAUUUUGGCAGUCUGCCUUCAACCUGGUUUAGUGGUAGAAGAGACGCAAAGUUAUUUUCUAUAUUUACACAUCAUAUAGUUGAGGCUCAUUCACCGAGCCACGUUCUUGUCGGCGGUUACUCUUAUGGAGGAAGAAUUGCGAUGCAUCCUUCAAUUUGGAAAGGACUAAAUCUCGAGUCCAUAAAUAUAUACUACAUAUUCUUAGCUCCAUACCUUGGUCUAGGGAGCGGGCUUUUGACUGGUUACUGGAAUGUAAAAGCAGAAGAAUUUCCUCAGAAUUCCUCUAUCCUGUAUAUCGCUCCUGUGAAUGAUGAAUUCACCAGCUUGAAAACGUUUCACUCGUUUUUCUCUAAAUUAAAGACUCAUUGCUCAGAGUCUACAAUGGUUGAGAUGCAGGACUGCUCUCAUAUAUUGAAUUCAAAGAAGCAGAAAGAGCUGUCCCACAUUCUCGAUGAAUGGAUUAAAUAG